UGAAUAUUAUAGCAUUUGGGUUGGCGAGCAUCCUCGGUGGACUUUUUGUCAUUGGCCAUAAUCUCAAUGAUCUGAAAAAUGGUCAUUCUGGAGGGCAUCCACUACAAAUAAAUACACAACAAGAUCGAUAUCAGGAACUACUUGGCCGUAGAGAAAACUUCAUACUUCAUUUUCUUCUAGCUGUUUUAUCAUUCUUAAUUUUUGGUUCUGUCCCACUUGGUGUCUACGGCCUCUUGAUUUCUAUGCACAACUAUGAUGAAGUUAAGAUUUCAGCUGUGACAGCUUCUUCUGUUGUGUGCAUCAUUCUGCUUGCUAUGGCAAAAGCUUACACCAGUAGACCACCCAAAUCCUAUGUCAAAACAGUGUUACAUUAUGUUGCCUUGGCACUUGCAACCUCGGGAAUCUCUUACCUAGCAGGUGAUCUAGUUAAGAAGCUCCUAGAUAAAAUCAGUGGCUCACAAUCUGGUUAUGUUCUUGCCAUGCCCUUGUAA